AACCGAGGCACUCGUCUUGGGCCGCACAAGACAAGCGUCGUUUGCGGCAUGAUGAUAAGCUCAGAAUUUGUCGGCCCCAACAAGAAUGAUCGAUCGUGAAUCCUCAUACAGUUCUAUCAUGAUCGACGAAUGCUGCAUGGCGUUCAGUGAACCAGAGAAACUUGCCUAGUAGCCAGACUCGCAGUCACUGAUAGUUCGGCGUGAGUUAGGCGUGGCGACAAUUUCCAACUGAGUUUCUUACACUUGGCAUCGUCAUCUGCAUUGCGAUGUGACUCAAUCGCAUCAGGCCGAUGCGCCGGACACGUCAGUCAGCUGCUGUUCCCUGACAGAUGGUUCCGGCUGUUUCGGUAUCAAUAGCCAACAUGGGCAUUUCAGAGGCCAUCAGACGCCUGCCUAGCUGCUUUGAGCUAUGGAUUCCCAGUUCGGCUUCCAGUGGGGGUACAGCAGGGGUCGAGGCAUGGAUUCUGGCGGACAUGGCGGUAGAGCAGGGCGUUCUGGAAGCAGUCAGGCAGGUGACUACGCUCAGAGCUAUGGCGGAGGUCGCGGACAUGGCGGGUACAGCAGAGGAGGAUGGGGAGGAAGAGGUGGAGGACGAGGAGGGGGAGGAGGUCGACCAGGGACGGGAAGUUCAGACGGACAUGAGAGGAGGGGCCCUAGCCUGUGGACCUUCCUGCCGAAUGACCGAGAUUUUACGAAUCAGUUUCAGAUGAGGAUGUUCGUUCAGGCGAUGGAAGCCCACGACGCUUCCGAUCUGGUGAUGGUUCUCGCUGACGACAAGCUCUACGGCAGGAAGAAGCUCCUUAGCAUCUGCAAGGAGGCCGUUUCUUGCGGUCCUUCAAAAUCCUUGUCAGCUGGGAGCCAUCCUCGGACCGUUUCCUUCCAGAGUGUCAUCCUGCCGAUGUUACAAGUCAUCUGUCAGCCUGCGUUUUUCAACAACCCAGCGUCAAGCAAGGUCAACACAACCCUUGCAGCCAUAGCCGAGGUGGAAGGAUUCCAAGAGUACCUUGUCACCUGCAUGAGACUCCUAACCCAACGCGGAAUGAUCCGCGACUUAGGGAGAGGAGAAGACGACGGCAUUAAGGACUGGGACGUGGCUUUUGGCAUCGUGUUCAGCUUCUUUCACGAGACGAUGCUGCGGUUCUACUCCUUGUUCGACGCUGCGCAAGCCAGCAAAGACCUGCAGGAGCUGGAAUCCAUGCUGGCGAAAUGGCAGGGUGAGAAACCGGUGUUUGAUGGCAAGUACCACCAUCUCUGGUCUGUGAUUUACCGGCUGAGGAGGGCUCUGGACGUGCGGAGUCACAGCGAAAGGCAGAAGCAGAGGAUGGAAGAAGGCCAGCUGCUGCAUGAAGACUUCUUCCCUUCAGGUCAGCGGCUGUCCAGCAUGCAAGCUGUGGAUGGUCCGGGUGAGCUCAGCCUGGCUGGCCGCCCAAGGCAUGACAACGACCAUGCAGAGAUCUCAGCUAUCUCAGUGGCUCCAACGAUGGAGGAGGUGCUGUGCAAGGUCGCGCCCUACCUGCCCCACAACCACGCCAACGAGCCUCACCACCUCCCUGCCGGCUCUGUGGGCCGCCACGUCGACAUCCAGUUCCGCCUGCUCAGGCACGACCUCGUCGCCCCCCUCUGGAGCAAGGCGCUCUUCCUCUUCCAACGCCUCAACUACGAAUCCUCCAGGGCCGCCCGCGGGGGUAGCAGCAGCACUGGCAGCGCCAGCUGCAGCAGUGGUAGCGGCGGCAGGGAGGAGGCGAUGGGGCUUGUGAGGGCGGACAGGGACUUGGUGCGGGGGCUGACGGACAACAUGAAGGGGGUGGUGGGGUUUUCUUCGGAAGACAUGGACGUGUAUCUGCUGCGCGAUGUCAAGGUGCUCUCCAUCAACACCGACAAGAGGAGCGGGGUGUUCUUCCUCAUCGACUUCAUGGAGCCGCCCAUGCCAAGAGGCAGGAGGGCGCAUAACAGGGUGGAGUUCUGGGAGAACACGCGGCGCCUGCAGAACGGCUCGCUGGUCUGCCUGUGGAUUCGAGACAUGCAGCCCACAGGCGGCCACAGGGGGCAAGACAAUACCGACUCAGGCUCCCACCGGCUGGUCUUCGCCACCAUCACAGCACGGGACACACAGAGACUCGCCUUUCCAAGGCCGCAGAUCGGAGUCCAGCCGUGCCAGGGGAACGGGUUCAGCGCUGACCUGCUGGGGCUGAUCGCUCAGGGGGGCGGUGCUGCUGGCGCAGAGCAGCGGACGCAGGUGGUGAUGCUGGAAGCCCAUGGCAGCUUCUUCGCCUACGAGCCCAUCCUCAAGGCGCUGCAGACCAUCACUGAGGCCUCGCUGCCCUUCUCCGAGUACAUCUGCGCUGCUCCUGGGGGUGCACCUGGCAGGGCUGCUGUCAACCUGGGGUAUAGGCUACCUGCAUACAUCAAAGGGGGCAUGAUGUAUGACUUGGGCUUGCUGCUUCAGACCAAGCCCUCAUCCUCCCACGCACAGAACACUGCCCAGAACGGUGCCCAGAACGCUGCAGAGUGCGCUGCUGGGAGUGCUGCUGAGAGCGCUGCAGAGGACUCGUUCGCCAUCAGGAACGUGAUCGUGUCCAACCCCACUGCCUUCCCCAUCGAUGCUCUCCUGCGCUGCACGUCGCUGGACCGGCCUCAAGCUGUGGGUCUCCAAGCUGCCCUGACGCAGGAGUUCGCCCUGCUGCAGGGACCACCGGGAACGGGCAAGACGUUUGUCGGGAUUAAGCUUGUGGAAAUCCUGCUGAGCAACGCCCUCAAGGGCCCUGGGACGAGUGCUGGAGGGAGCUCUUCUCGAGGCACGGAUGAGGCGAGUCCUCUGGGCCCCAUCCUCUGCGUGUGCUUCACCAACCACGCUCUGGACCAGUUCCUGGAGGGGCUCAUUGCCAGUGGCAUCAAGAGGGUGGUUCGAGUGGGGGGCAGGAGCAGGUCCGAGUCCCUGCAGGAGUAUAAUCUUUCAAACAUCAUCCGAGGCGCGAACCCUUACCACAGCCGAACCUACAGGGACUCGAGCUACGAGGUGCGAAGCCGGCUGAGGGAGGUGGAGGCGGUGAUCGCCACGUACAGCGAUGCCCUGCAGCAGCGCACGGACAACGCACUCGCCGUCCCCUGGCGCGCCAUCUCCUCCCACCUCAUGGCCAACCACCCCACGUUCUUCCAGGCGCUUCGCACUUCCAAGGAGGCAGACGAUGACGGGUUUGAGCAAGUGGGCCUAGAUAACUGGAGCCGGUGGAAGCGAGGCCUCGCGAAGGAAAUUCCUCGCCGCAAGAAGAAAGGAAGCAACUUGGGAAGAGAAGGAAGGGAAGCUGCCGCCGGUCUAGGCAUAUUUCCCCAAACGCUGGAACCGGGGACCGGGGAUUGGGGGGCGGUGGGUACAGCCGCUCCCAGUGAAGAGGCACCGACGCAGAAUCCCUACGAAGCCCUGAGCAUGCUAGGUGGUGUUGAGGUUGGGGAGGGGUGGCAUCUGAGCAGUGGGAGUGAUAGUGGCGUGGGGGAUGAGCUGAGAGGGCUGGUUGAGCUCAUGUCAUCCAUCUAUGUUGAUGAUGAAGGGGAUGAUGGUGGUGAUGGUGAUGAUGAUGGAGAGGCAGUAGAUCUAGGCAGCAGGGCUGCUGGCGGCCACGGCAGCAGCGGUACGGGACAUGCCACAGGCAGCAGGGCUGCUGGCUUGCUGUCGUGCCUCGGUCUUGGAGCCCUACGGGUAAUGGGAGUUGAGACAGCAGCCAUGGGGGCGAGAAUGCUGGAACAGUCGGGUAAGGGUAGUCAGCGAGGAGGGGUUACAGUGGAGGACCUUUUUCAGGCGUUCGGUGAUUUGGGGAACGAACGCGGCAGGGGCAAUGGGGAGGAGCUGAUAGACAAGCCUCAGAUGGAGCAGCAGCAGGAGACGGAGGAGCAACAGAUCGGGCCUGUGGCGGUGGAUGAGGCGAGUGAUCGGGAGGUGGAUGAGCUGCUGUACGUGGAAGACCCAUGGGCGACGAGCGCGCAGGAGAGAAGGAAGCUGGUGGAAUUCUGGGUGGGGGAGGUGCGGGCCACGGCCAAUGCUGCGAUCGAGGCCGAGGUUGAGAAUUUUGCAAGGAAGGUGCAGGAGCGCAGCGAGCUGCAGCAGGUGGAGGACCUGCAGGUGUUGCAGAGGGCGCAGGUGGUGGGGAUGACGACCUCAGGCGUGGCGAAGAUGCAGCGCCUCAUCACUGCUCUCGGCCCGCGAGUCGUCAUUGUGGAGGAGGCGGCCGAGGUGCUCGAGGCCCACAUCCUCACCUCGCUCACGCCGCAGACCCAGCACGUCAUCCUCAUAGGCGACCACCUGCAGCUGCGGCCCAAGGUGGAAUUGUACGAGCUCAGCAAGGACUCCUACAAGGGCUUCGACCUGGACGUCUCCCUCUUCGAGCGCCUCGCGCUCUCCAAGCAGAUCCCCGUCUUCACCCUCGCCACCCAGCGCCGCAUGCGCCCAGAAAUCGCCGAUCUCAUUCGCAGCACCAUCUACCCGGACCUCAGGGACCAUCCGUUCGUUGAGGGGUACCCCGAUGUGCGUGGCAUGGCGUCGAACUUGCACUUUUGGGACCACGAGAGCCCGGAGAGCGGCGGGGACGACCUGAGCGAGGGCAAGUCCAAGUCGAACGCGGGGGAGGCGGCCAUGGUGGUGGGGCUGGCGACGUACCUGCUGCAGCAGGGGUACGCGGGGGGCGAGAUCACCAUCCUCACGCCCUACGUGGGGCAGCUGCUCAAGCUGCGCCAGGCGCUUUCUCAGGUGGUCAACGUGCGCCUGGGGGAGGGCGAUGCUGAGGUGGUGGAGGAGGCCGAGGAGAAGGCGGCAACUAGGGGAGGUGGACCUGGAGCGGAGGAUAGUGGGAGUGGGGAGGCGGCGGGGAGUGCAGCGGGGCAGGGAAAGGGAUUGGGGCUGGGGUUUACUGCACCCAAGGCAACCACGGCGAAUUUGCGGGAUGCUGUUCGGCUGGCAACCAUUGACAAUUUCCAGGGCGAGGAGAGCACGGUGGUGAUCGUAUCUCUUGUGCGCAACAACCUGGACGGCAAGAUUGGGUUCCUGAAGAGCCCCAACCGCACCAACGUGCUGCUGUCCCGCGCCAAGCAUGGGAUGUACCUCAUUGGCAACGCCAACACGAUGCGGGCUUGCUCAACGCGAGCGGGCUCCAAGUCUGUCCUCUGGCCGAGAAUCCUGGACAUCCUGCAGGGCAGGGGCGGCAUCCAGAGGUUCAUCCCGCUGCGGUGUGUGAACCACCCCGCCACGGUGACGCGCAUCCAUGGCGCGAGGGAGUUCAGGGAGAAGGCCAGCGAGGGCGGCUGCUCCGAGAUGUGCGGCUUCCGACUCACUCCGUGCGGCCACACCUGCCCCCGCAGGUGCCAUGGGGACGACAGGGCGCAUGCCAAUGCGUUCUGCCCAAAGGAGUGCAGCCGAAUCCGUCCGCUGGAGGAGUGUCCGUACCAGCACACUUGUGCUAAGCAGUGUGGGGAAGUCUGCGGCCCCUGCUCUGUCAAGAUUAGUAGCCUCACGCUCCCCUGUGGCCAUCAGGCGUUUAACAUUCCGUGCUUCCAAGCGCAUAAGCCGACUUCCAUUUUCUGCUCGGUAAUUGUGGAAGUCACCAUGCCAUUGUGCGGCCAUAAGCAGACAGUCCAGUGCAGUGAGGCUGCUAACAGGCUGAGCAACCCUAAGCUGUGCACCGCUCGCUGCGGUGUUGUCCUCUCGGAUUCCUGCGGGCACACGUGCAUUUCUCCCUGUGGCCAGUGCAUUGCUGCUCCAGCUGCCAACUCAGAGGAGCAGAAUGCUGAGGAAGAGGAGCAGGAGCAGGCACGGCAGCAGCAGCAGCCUGCAAAGAAGCAUAAGAAGUGCACCCAGCCAUGCAAGCGACCCCUUCCCUGUGGCCACUUAUGCCCCGACACCUGCCACGAUGGGAGACCCUGCAACCUGUGCUUUAAGAAGUGCCUGGUCGCUUGCCAGCACAGCUCCUGCCCCCAGCCCUGCCACCGAACCUGCGCUCCGUGCGCCGAGCCUUGCGGCUGGAACUGCAAGCACCAGGGGGCCUGCUCCCUGCCCUGCGGGGCGCCGUGCGACCGCCUCCCGUGCGAGCGGCGGUGUGAGAAGGCGCUCCAGUGCGGGCACCAGUGCCCGUCGCUGUGCGGGGAGAAGUGCCCCCCGAAGGCGUUCUGCACGGCGGCUGGGUGUGGCGCGCAGGAGAAGCGGGAGAUGACGGUGGAUCUGGUGACUCUGGAGACUCUAGGGGAGAUCGAUCCCGAUGAGAGCCCCGUUCUUGUGCUGCCGUGCGGACAUGCUUAUACGAUGGACACCCUGGAUGGCCACCUGGGGCUCAACCAGGUGUAUCUGGAGUCCGAGGCAUCAUAUGGCAGCAGCAGUGGGGUAGGAGCUGAUGGCCCAGGUGCGGGUUCUGGUCUUCCUGCAGGUGAUCUUGGUGGUGGGAGCAGUUGCGCUGGAGGUGGGGCCGGGGCCAAGUGGGUGGCAGUGCUGCCGUUUGAAGACGGCAAUCUGUCUGCUCUCAAGGGCUGCCCGGAGUGCCGCCAGCCAAUCACCGGGUUCCGGCGCUAUGGCCGAAUGGUCAACAAGGCUCUUCUGGACCAAUCCGAGCGCAAGUUUGCCCUCAGCUGCUCCGCUGACCAGGAAGGUGUGCAGAGGAAGUUGUCACGGUUGAGCCAGGUGAUCUCCUCGCUCCCUGAGACUGCUCAGCCCAGGCAGUUGCAGGAGCUGGCUCAGGCGGCAACACGUCUGAUCCAUGAGACGGGCCGGCUUCGCACUACCGCUGUGAACCCGCCCACGCAGCAGACCUACCAGGCUUCUGUGGCGGCACUGCAGAGGAGGCAUUACCUGCUGGGGGACCAGUCCCGGGUUCGAGACAGCACUGCUAGCUCUGGAAGUGGCAGCAGGAAGGGUAAGCAGGUGCUAUCUGGAACCAGUGCAGGCCCCACUGCAUCCACUUGGGAGGAGGAAUGCCAGCUCCUGUAUGUCCCCCAGCCGGAUCCCCGGCCCCUCUGUGAGGCGCUCAUGAUGCUGGGGAAAGCCUUCCAGCUGCUCAUGGCGGCAAACUUCCUCCAGCUGCGCUGCCUUCUCAAGAAUGUGUGGAGAGCUUCUGGUCCAUCUCGCCUGAGCAGUGGUGGGUCCAGCUCGAGGAAAGCGGCCUACUUGAGUCGCCGUGUGGAGGAUUGCAGGGCGGUUGUGCGAGUGAGUCUGAGGAUUGCGGAGAAGUAUGUUGGUCAGGCAAUUAAGUGGGCUGUGAAGCGUAAGGCGCAUCGACUGGAGGCAAGGGCGCGGCUGGAGCUGGUUGACGUGUACCGUGCGUUCGUGGAAGGCAUGAUGGCGGAACGCCUGCUCUCAAACUCCCCUGCUGGCCUUGUGAGCCCCUUGCGUCUAUGCGUACCUUUUGCAUCUCGAGAGGGUGGACCAAAGAAGCAGCAGCUGGAGUACCUUGAGAAGGCCAAGAUUCAGUGCCGGAUGGUGGCUUACCACCAUCUGGCAUCUGUGAGAGAAAACGACACCCUUGGGGAGAGCGCUCGGAGAUUGCUCGAUGAAGACCUGCCUACCUUGGAAGCAUCUGUUCGAGACGAGCCUCGUUACUUCGCCCUGUCAGAGCACGAAAAGGGCGACGUGUACAGAGCAAUAGGAUUGGGAGGAGGCCAUUGGUACCGGUGCCCGAACGGGCAUUUGUAUGUCAUAGGGGAGUGUGGCAGGGCGUGGGUGGAGUCGCGUUGUCCUGAGUGUAACGAGGUUGUGGGUGGGAGUGGACAUGUGCUUCGUGAAGGGAAUGUUAGCGCAUCUGACUUCUUCAGAGGGGCUUGACUUUUGAGGUACUGCAGGAGUAGGGGCUUGGCUUUGCGGGGGGCAAGAUGGUGAUGAUUGCACUUGUAAAUAAUGUAAAUAUGUUCAGAGGACAUGUUAUAAAUCAAGUGAAAUUCU